UCCUACUUUUUUUUUUGUCGGGACCUGGGGAAGGAAAAUUAUCCCGCAGGCGUGACGAGGUGGAAUAAAACAAAGACCCCCCCCCCCAAAAAAAAUAAAUAAAUAUAGACAACAAGAAACCAGUCGCGAACCAUGGAAACUAAGUCGUCCGCGAUGCCAGCAGACGCGUUUUCGCCGUGAAUUCGUACUCCGUGCGGUAGCGUAACCCUCCCUCUCCCCAGUCAUGCUGAGUUUCCUGCGCAGGACCCUGGGGCGACGCUCCAUCCGCAAACAUGCCGAGAAAGCCCGGCUGAGGGAGGCCCAGCGGGCCACGACGCACAUCCCCGCCGCCGGGGACGCGAAGUCUGUCAUCACCUGCCGCGUGUCCUUACUGGACGGGGCGGACGUCAGCGUCGACCUGCCGAAAAAAGCCAAAGGUGAGGAGCUGUUUGACCAGAUCAUGUACCAUCUGGACAUCGUAGAGAAAGACUACUUCGGACUGCGCUUCAUGGACUCCGCACAAGUGCCGCAUUGGCUCGAUGUCACGAAAAGUAUCAAAAAGCAAGUGAAAAUCGGCCCACCGUACUGCCUUCACCUGAGAGUGAAGUUCUACUCUUCCGAACCGAACAACCUGCACGAGGAGCUCACCAGAUACCUGUUUGUGUUACAAUUAAAGCAAGACAUCCUCAGUGGCAAAGGCUGUCAGAGAGAGCCAAUCCCAGAGCAGACAAGAAAAGAUGAUAACCGUAUUUUGGGGUUAGAGUGUCCGUUUGACACAGCCGUGGAGUUGGCUGCCUUCUCGCUACAGGCUGAGCUAGGAGACUGUGACCCAUUAGAACAUAAUCUGGACCUGGUGUCAGAAUUUCGAUUCAUCCCCAACCAAACGGAGGACGUGGAGCUGGCAAUAUACAAUGCAUGGAAGGAGUGCAGAGGUCAGACACCGGCCCAAGCUGAGAUUAACUACCUGAACAAAGCAAAGUGGCUUGAAAUGUAUGGGGUGGACAUGCACAUGGUCAAGGCAAGAGACGGUAAUGAGUACAGUCUGGGUUUGACACCAACUGGAGUCCUGGUGUUUGAAGGAGAAACCAAGAUUGGACUCUUCUUCUGGCCCAAAAUCACUCGUCUCGAUUUCAAGAAGAGCAAACUGACACUGGUGGUGGUGGAGGAUGACGAACAGGUGAGCGGUAAAGAGCAGGAGCACACCUUCGUCUUCAGGAUGGACCAUCCCAAGGCCUGUAAGCACCUCUGGAAGUGCGCCGUGGAGCACCAUGCUUUCUUUAGGCUGAGGGGGCCCGUGCAAAAGAACACUGCAAGCUCUGGAUUCAUACGCAUGGGAUCACGCUUCAGAUACAGUGGAAAGACAGAGUAUCAGACGACCAAGGGCAAUAAAGCGAGGCGCUCAGCCUCCUUCGAGCGAAGACCCAGUCGACGGUACUCAAGAAGAACCAUGAUGAACAGAGGACCGUUCAAUGCACAGGAAGUUCUUUCUUCGGGCAAUGGAGUCGGCUCCAGCAGAGACAAAAAGGUUUCUCACAACAGAGGUGCCUGGUCAGCUGUGCCUGUGGUCUCCCCAGCAGCUGCCUCUGUCUGUGGACCAAUGGAAAUCGAGGCGCUGCCCAGGAGUCCUGGAGGAGAGAAAAGAAGUGUGCCUGCGGUUGCUGACCUGAUGGAGACCUGCAUCGAUGAUGUCCUCAGGGCUCCUGUUCCCACGGUGACGGCUACUGAGGAGGCCGGACCGAGCAACACCUUUGCUGCUGCUGCUGCCAGCGCUGCAACAGAAGAUCCGCUCAGCCUUGCUGAUGUAGCAGCUCGUCUGAAGCAGCUGGAGUUGGAGAGCAGUCCUGUCCUUGCUCCUCUGAGAAAUAACUUCAAUGUCAAUGUGGCCAUGAACAAUCAGGAGGACGUGUUGAAGCUCACAGAGAAGUGUGAUCUAAGCAGCACAGGCGGUAGUCCAGUCGUCACUCCCCUGCGCAUCCCGGAGGAUCUGAAGAGUAACAUCCUGAAAGCACAAGCCGAGGCCGCCGCUGCCCUCAAGGGCUCUGUGGAGGAGCAUGUCAUAAUGGUCGGAGAAAAAAACUGUAACUUGCAGGAAGCUUCUGCCAGGUUGAAGGUGCGCACCGGGCGGCUGGGCAGUAACUCGUCUCUUUCCGUUUGCAGUCGCUUGGACACCCAGGACUCCUGGGACCUGCUGAGGCCAGCUUCUCUGGUCUCAUCGGCCGCGGCAAGUGCUGAGAGGUUGGCUGAAGAUGUAAACCCCUCUGUUCCCAAGAUGCCCUCUGAGUCUGCCAGCGAAGGCAUGGCUCCUAAGGUGAAGGCAGAGGAAUUUGACCUGACAAAAACUGUCCCUCUCUCUGACAACCUGAUCGACUUCACUGAUCCAGUUCCUGCGCUUCCACCAGUGCAGCAGCCAAAACCUCUCAUCACUCCUCGCUGGAUCAUCCCGUCGACUGCUCCUGCCGGCGUCUUUACUAACGGCCUGCUCGACCUUGACCCCCCUGCUAAGGUCACCCCUCUUCUCCCUGCAGACGGGGGAGCUUCUCUCACCCCAGCCCUCCCCCACCUCGUGCACACACGUAACACCAGCUCUUCGGGUCAACCAGCAGCCUCGGACAAUGGAGCCAAACCCAGAGGUCUCCUGACCACUGAGCUCUGAUGACGAAAAACGCGGAGCCUCCUCCACGACACUCAUCGCCCCGACUGCUUCUCCAGCCCAAUCCCAUCCCAUCGCCUAUCCACACACACACUCACACACAAGGAAGCUGGAGCCGGACGCUGUGGGCAGCGGAAAGGAAGAGGCAGCUGACGAGCACCACGACGUCAAUCACAACCCCACGCCGACACAGAUCCACUAUCACGACACCAAUACGGUUUGUCACGACAGGAGGACAUCGAGCUUAGUCUUUGCAAAACACAAACAUUUAGCUUCCAGUACGAACAUCUUCUAACUUGUACUUUUGUUUUGCGUUUCACCGUUAGGGACCUGCCAUUCACUUAAUCCAUCCACUCCACUUAAACCUCAGUCUCUCACAACCAGCACCACCUUCUUGUAGAUGACAAGUGAUCAAAGUCUUGUUUGCUGCGUAGGUCCAGUUGGGCUCCUUGCACAAAAAAAAAAUCCACUAUCUCUUGACACUGUAAAGUACCUUGACCACUGGCUUGUUCGUAUAGAGUUGCCUCUUUUAGUGCUGCUCCCCCAUUCCCCCUCCUUUUUAUUGCUGGCAGUAUAAACCACUGGAUCCCUGCUCAUCUGAGCUCACGUGCAGAAAAGCAGCUCACACGUCGAGCUGCUGCAGUACACUGGAUACACGACUGUUCUAAAGAAAAAGACACCAUUCAAUUAAAAUGUUGAUUCUAAGAGAUGAACGGCACCUGGACCAAACACGAUGAAACACGUGGAUAUGAUAUUGUCCUGUCCUCGUAGCACACUACAAUCUUUUUUUUUUAUUCUUUUUUUUUAACCCACUCAAUUCUACAUGUGAAACUUUCCUGUUGCUGCCACUGGAUAUGAAAACGUCUCUGGAUUACCUUUGAAGCACUGGACCUUAAAGGGAUACUUUGCAAUGGAUGAUGACAGACGAUGACAACUUUAUUUUUUUUUAAUCCCGCUCAUACAUUUUUGUCUAUUUUUUCUGUUUUUAAUUUUGCCCAUUUGCAGUUUCCUUCUUAAAUCUGCAUGUGUUGGUACCAGUGUCCAGAGGGAAUCACUCUGUCUCUCUUUUUCAGAGCCUGUUUGUCCUGCCCUUUGGUAAACUCUUUUGGAUUUUAAUAUGAAAUUUGAAAAAUGUUGUCUCAAAUGUGAUCCUAUAAUUUUAUUUUUCACUCUAAACCACUGUUUUCAUGAGUGGACCCUCCCCACAAACAUACAUUUUGAGUUCUAAGUUUGAAGCGUAAAUGCAACAUGUGAACACUGUGCGGUUACAGUUGUACAAUUGUGAGCUGUCAUUUUAGACAGUAAUUCGACCCAGUUAUAGACGGCGACUGCGAGUAUUAAAUAUGCUGUAGCUAUUACCCUGCCUUAUGUAAAUGAAUGUAUCCAAAAUGUGUCAUCUGAGAAUGCUGGAGAUGCCACAGUACAAAUAUGAAAAUUGCUGAUACAUUGUGUAACUGGAGGAAAACUUUUAUUCAUUGUGUAAAUGAGGCCUAAUUCUACAUUUCCUGAGUUCUUAAUGAAGUAUGUGACACUGACUCUUAAAUGGUAAUGAAGUUGUAGCAUAAAAAAAAAAAAAACAACAACAACCGCAUACAUUGUAAUCACUAAGUCUGGACCGUCAUCCAAGUCGUCUGUAGUUUUCUUUAGGAAGCUGUUUUACAAUAUCUCCUUAGCAAUGACUUAUUUAUGCUACUACUCAGUGUAAUUAUUCAUAUAUAUCAUGUUGUCCAGAAGUGUUGUAGCGUACAGUUACAAUGUAUUUGUCAGUAUAAUGGCAUCAUCACCUGGCUGUAGAUAAGAAGUAGAUACUUUAUUUUUUAUUUUUUUGGACAUUAUGUUGGCAGUAUUGUUACCACGUACUAAGGAGAAUUUCGGCAUUGAGGUGUUCUCCAAUUGCAGAAGAAUUAGGAGUUGUGUUACUGAUCAAACUGACUGGGAAAACACGUGACAUCUCAAAAUGCAUUUUUUUUAUAUAAACUUUUAUUAUAUAUAUUUUUUUUUCCUGGAGUACCUUGAUCAUGACUCAGUAAAGCUUUGCUACAGUAGGA